UUCUGUAUAAUUUAGAUGGAUAGGAAGCAGCAACUUUUCAUUUACACAGCUGCAGCGUACACGUUACUUUCGAUGAUGGCCAUGAUUAUUCAAUCUAGAAAAAGAAAACGCCGUGAACCUGUAGAACCAAUUACCUAUGCUCCAAUUGAGGAGAGGGAUAGAAUGAGAAUUGAGUAUCUGAAUAAUAAGAUAUGGAAGAAUGAUGUAACUUGUGUCAAUAUGCUUAGACUUAAUAGAGCAUCUUUUUUCCGAUUUUGUAAGCUUUUUAGGGACCGGGGCCUUUUGCAAGACACCAUACAUUUGUGUGUUGAGCAGCAGGUUGCAAUGUUUUUAAACACAGUAGGUCACAAUAUUCGAAAUAGGUUAGUUGGCACCAAUUUUGAUAGGUCCGGUGAAACUGUUAGUCGGUAUUUCAACAAAGUAAUGCACGCUAUUGGAGAGCUACGAAACGACUUCAUUACACCACCGUCGACAUCAACUCCAGCUAAAAUUGCAGGAAACCCAAGAUGGGAUCCUUACUUUAAGGAUUGUAUUGGAGCAAUAGAUGGCACACACGUGCGGGCCUCUGUUCCUAAACACAAGGAGGCUUCCUUUCGUGGUAGAAAGAGUUAUCCUACUCAAAAUGUCAUGGCAGCUGUAGAUUUUAAUCUUCGAUUCACAUAUGUGUUGGCCGGUUGGGAGGGGACAGCCCAUGACGCUCUAGUCUUACGGGAUGCUUUAGAGAGGGAAAAUGGUCUUCGUGUUCCACAAGGCAAGUUCUACCUAGUUGAUGCCGGAUAUGGAGCCAAACCUGGAUUUCUGCCCCCUUUUCGUGGUGUUCGGUACCACUUGAACGAGUGGGGCAACAAUCCUGUGCAAAAUGAGAAGGAAUUAUUCAAUCAUAGGCACUCAUCGUUGAGAGUCACUGUUGAGCGGGCAUUUGGUGCGUUGAAGAGGAGAUUUAAAAUUCUUGAUGAUGCCACACCAUUCUUUCCCUUCUCUACACAAGUAGAAAUUGUGGUUGCUUGUUGUAUUAUUCACAACUGGGUUAUACAAGAUGGAGGUGAUGACUUUAUCAUUGAAGCGAGUGAGGAAUUGGAUACCAUUAAUCAUCAUACAUCUUCUCAUGGACAAGCAGGGAUGGACACAGAGGCAAGCGGUGCAAAAGCUGCUAGUGGACUGUGUCAAUGGACUCCAACUCAGUCCACAUUUGUGCUCACCUUUCUUACUAAUAUUGUAGCUGAUGGCACUAGGACCUCUACCGGCUUCAAGAAAGUUCAUCUCAACGCUUGUGCUAAGGCUCUCAACGAUCAUUUUAAACUGACAAGAACAGGUGAUCAAGUUAGUAAUCACUUGAAGACAUGGAAAAAGAAAUAUGUUAGAAUCAACUAUCUUAAGAAUUUGAGAGCUGCUCUUUGGGAUGAAGAUGAAUUCAUUAUCUCUCUAGAUCAUGACCACUACAAAGGGCAUAUGGCGGAUCCAAAAAAUAAAGCUGAUGAUGAAUAUGUGGCAGAACCAACCUGA